GCCCUUCAGACGGGACCACCACAUUCCACACCCCCGGUGCCUGAGUGGGGACAUCUCCCACUGGACAUUUACAUGAGCAAUGGCACAUGCCCCAUCCGCAUUCUGCGUGGGAAACCGUCCAAGGGCGCUGCCGUCGUUUGGCGCGACAGUUUAUGCAACUCGGUGCGAUUGGCAGAGAGCCCUACAUCAGACGUACUAAUCCCAAAUCUCCACUCUACUCCCCCGCACGGCCGACAGAGGAACAGAUAGAGCAUAUCCUCCGCCCAUACCGUCCAGAUGGCCUCCGCCGCUUCUGCCCCGCGGGGGGAAUAAACCCCAUUUGGAUGCGUACCUGCUACGACCCCGAUGGCCCCGAUGCGCACGACUCAAUCUGGAGGGAAUUCAUGUGCGAAAAAUAUCAAGCAGCAGGUCCCGGAUCACUCAUUUUCAACGAUCAAAACACGUUCGGAACCGACAACCUCGGCUUGGCACUGGAGGCAUUUCCCGAACGAGUUAUAAAUACCUCCAGACCCGAGUAUGCACAUGUACGAGAAGCUGCGCUGCAGCAUUUGCGCGGGGGAGAUACCGGUCCCUGGACCAGACUUGAAAGCAAUUUCGAAGAUAUACUCGACCAGGAUGAAAUAGACGCAAUAGUUAUCCGGGAGCGAUUUGUCUCGUACCAUAUCGCUUGUAUCGUCACGUAUAUCAUGGUCGAAGACAUUACCACCCUGAUGGGCGAUGGGUUGCUGCUUGCUUUCUUGGAUGACAUGGGCAAUGUUGUGCGCCAGGACCGCGUGGGUCCGGAGCAGGUUGAUAAUUUCGAGACCAAGUGGAGGACUGGACGGUGGAAGUAUUUUGUUGAGAGACAUAUUCAGGAGGUCGGUCCGGCUUAUUUGAAUGGAGGCGUGCGUGGUCCGCCGUAUUGGUAACCACGAUGCCUCUCUCAUUCUUUAUUUAGGGUCUCUGUUUCUAUGUAUUUGUAAAAUGUCAAACAUCAUAUUCAAUAUAUUGCAUGAAUCCAAUCUAC